UCCUUCAUUGACCUGGCGUGGGCGUGGUGGAAAAAAAACCGUAGAACGAAAACCCCUCCACGAGCCUCAUGCCUCCGCUCUUGUUGGCACGCAAGCAGCCUCACCAUGCAGCUUUAUCAGCUGGACCCGGGUCAGUGACGUCACAAACAGACAACACACGGACUGCCCUGGGCACCCUGUGCCAUUUGUGCAGGAGCCCGGGCCGGUAGGACGUACAGUAACUUUACAGGACAGGGGACUGGUCGGACGAAAGAACAAGAUGAUUGCAACAAAGACGAAGAAGGCCCCCACGGAGGGCGCUCCGGUGUUCUUCAUCAUGCUGAGGAACAUGCUGAUUGGUCUGGUCAGUACCGUGGCCACCACGCUCAUGGGCGCUGCCGCGAAAGGUGACUGGCUUAUCAUGCUGGUUUACCUGCGUGGAAAGGAUGGCCCAGACAAAGCCCUGCCGUCCUUCCUCGCGCCAAGCGGGAACGGAACGGCGGAGCACACCGUGUUCGACCAGUUCCUGGAGAGUCACGGCAUGAAGCACCUGCACCUCUUCAUCCUGAUGGGCAUCGCCGGCUCCUUCAUCAUCUACUACCCCGUGGGCGGCUUCUGGCACUGGUACUACUACGUCAGACAGAGGGACCAGGCAGAGGAGUGGAAGUGUCAACCCAACAAGUUCCUCUCUAAGGAGAACGAGGCCCACGCUGUGAUGCUGGGCUCGUUCAACAUGGUGCUGGGAGGAACCCUGUCUGGCACCAUCGCCUGUUACAUCGUGAACGGUGGUUACAGCAUGCUGUACUUCAAUUUGUGGGACUACGGCAUUGUUUACACCGUACUGUCUACCAUGUUUGUGUUCCUGCUGAACGAAUGGACCGUCUACUGGUCCCACCGAAUCAUGCACAUGCCUGUGCUGUACAAGAAGAUCCACAAGUGGCACCACCGCUACAUCCAGCCGACGGCCUUCACGGCCAGCGCCAUGCAUCCGUGCGAGUUCCUCCUCAACCAGUGCAUCAUGGCGGCUCCCAUGUUCAUCUUUCCUCUCCAUGUCGGUUCGUACGUAGGCGUCCUGCUGUGGACGUACUACUACGGCAUGAGGGACCACUCAGGCAUCAUCAGUGAGUCACCGUGGCCAUGGCAACAGGACGUCAUGUUUCACGACGACCACCACCUCUACUUCCACGUGAACUUCGGCAUGAACACCAAGUUCAUCGACAUGAUGUACGGCACGGUGCGCAGGAAGGACAGGGAGUACAGCGAGGACAUCUUCUACGGCUUCGGGCGGGAGAAGGCGGAGAACAAGGCACAAUAAGCUCACGACUUCUUGACGGAACCACGAUCAUUUCUGCACAGAAAAUUGUGCAACAGCUUUUAGGGUUUUACUGGUUUGACUGAUUCUUGUUUAGUUCAGGUAUUCUCCAAAAUGAUGUAGAAAAACAAACCCGCGAAAGGCAUCCUCCCCCCCCCCUUCCAUCCGGCCAGGGGACAGAUCAAUUCGAAAUCAUUCUUGUUGCAACUUGUAGUAUUUGCCACAGUACGAUGCAGAAUGAUGUAAUUAAUGAGAUGUUGAUUUCUCUUCAUCACAUCAUUCUAUAUCCUACUUUUCGAUAAUUCCAUACGACGAAGGCCGGGGGAAGACUGGGGAAACAGUCAUACUUCCCACGUACAAUGGGAAUGCAACAAUCUCUCUGCGGAGGUUGCACCUUUCUCAACUCUUGAAACUUUUAAGUCAAAAAACUUUAAUCAGGCAUAAACUCCUUUCCCCGCUUAGCGCAGUUAACCCGUACGUGACAGGCAGCAGAAUCUUCAAUACGAUGAAGCUGGCUGUCUUAAACGAAUGAAGAAGGAAUCUUUCUUUCCAAAACCAAAUCCUGUAGGUUUUGUAGGAUGGUGCAGAAAGAUCGUUUUGAUGCACAUGAUCUGUGUAAUCAGUGCACGAAUGAAGCAGUUUUCAAUGCAAUGUAGAUGUUAUAUCCACACUGCAGUGCAGUGUAUCGGUGCGUGAUACAGAGGUUUCACGUGAUCAGGGUGUAGUUUGUUAUUAGUUUUAAAUACUUGUCUCAAUUCUGAUUAGAUGAGUCGGUGUGACGUCACGAAGGUGACUGAUUGUCUCAUCAUGUGAAGGACAUGACAUCCCCCAUGGGACUGACCUUCCUCUUACUUAGAACCAAACGACUAUGGCAUGAGAAGGGAUAUAUUGCUUCACUUUUCGCAUUCCUACCCAGUUGAUUGUUGGAAAGUGUUCCACUCGAUAGCUAUUUCAAUGUAUUAGUUAGUUUGUCAUAAUCUCCAAGCAGAUAGUUCGGUGGCAAAAUCGUUAUGUCGACGAAUUUGCCUCUCUACAGCUGCCUGGAGAUUAACUUUGCCAUAUAUCAAUUUAGUUGUGUGAAACUAUUUUGUCUUGUAGUCACAGUGCCAUUCAGCCCAUUGCUCAUGGCGUUUUGUGAGUGUGGCUCAACUUAUUAGAAGUAACGUGUAAUGGUGCGGCGCGACUGUAGCCUGUUUUUUAGGAAACAAAAGUUUCAUUGAUGCAAUGUUUGGAGACGGAACUACAGAGGAACCAACAGUCGGGGCCGUGCUUGUGAACACGGAGAGCGAGCUGGGCCACAUUCCGCGCGCUUGUUUGUGUACCGGUGUGCCGUGCUGUGACUCAUAAUCAUAUUUACAUAAUGGGCAUGAAAAGAGCAAACAUUUCACCCUUAACGGUUUUAAUAACAUCUUAAGUCACAUUUUGUAGUAUGCACAUGUUGUGUAGACCAUGAGUCAAGUGAUGGGUAAUGUACUAUGAGAUGGUGUGUAGUGUAGGGACUAUAUUUAGCAAUUUGGCUCCUACACAACACAAGAAGGUCAGGAAGGUGUAAAAGUCGGACUGUUCUAGAAAGGUCGAUGGUUAAAUAAACACACAUUGUGCUGACAUAGCUGGGAUACGUGCUGUGUGCGAACCGGACUUUGCUCUAUUGUGUAAACCGACCGAUGAUGAGAAAGAAUUGUUGCGAUAAAUACACAUAAUGUUAUAAAGAUCUUUCCUGACAAACAAUGACGGACGAAUUCUCCUCGUCAGGAGUUUGUCAGACUGGUCUGUGUGAUGUUAUGGAAGCUCAUUAAACCGUUCUUUCUUGUA